AUGUCCACGUGCUUUGUGCUUCGAACUAGCUGUCGCGAGAAUUCGAUCCACGAAGGUGUGCUGUCUGCAAAGGAAAAUAGACAUGUUCGUAACUCUCCCUACCUGCCUGCGUUCGCAACCGAACCUGACACCUCGGCUUCACCCAAACUUACAUUCUGUUUUGUUUUCCCUGGAGCCCCAGCGGAUUGGAUAAAUUCAGGAGGCGGGUCCGCCUCUUUUCUACUUGCUGAGGGCUGGUGGGGCUGUGGCUUUGGGGAGGCUUGGCGAGAACGAGGUGCAAGCAGCGUGAGGGGAGAGGGCUUGACUGGUUUAGUGAAUGAAGCUAUGGCUACAGAUUCUCCCAGAAGACCCAGUCGUUGUACUGGUGGAGUUGUGGUUCGCCCCCAGGCUGUCACGGAGCAGUCCUACAUGGAAAGUGUUGUGACUUUUCUACAGGAUGUUGUACCACAGGCUUACAGUGGAACACCUCUGACGGAAGAAAAGGAGAAAAUAGUCUGGGUCAGAUUUGAAAAUGCAGAUUUAAAUGAUACAUCAAGAAAUCUGGAAUUUCAUGAAAUACACAGCACUGGGAAUGAGCCGCCUCUGCUGAUUAUGAUCGGCUACAGUGAUGGAAUGCAAGUCUGGAGCAUCCCAAUCAGUGGGGAAGCCCAGGAGCUCUUUUCUGUUCGACAUGGCCCCAUUCGAGCGGCUAGAAUCUUGCCUGCUCCACAGUUUGGUACUCAAAAGUGUGACAACUUUGCUGAAAAAAGGCCCCUCCUUGGUGUUUGUAAGAGCACUGGAUCUUCUGGCACAAGUCCACCUUACUGUUGUGUAGAUCUAUAUUCACUUCGUACUGGUGAGAUGGUCAAGUCUAUUCAGUUUAAAACACCUAUCUAUGAUCUCCACUGCAACAAGCGGAUCCUCGUUGUAGUCUUGCAGGAGAAAAUUGCUGCCUUUGAUAGCUGUACUUUCACAAAAAAAUUUUUUGUCACAAGCUGCUAUCCUUGCCCAGGGCCCAAUAUGAAUCCUAUUGCUCUUGGGAGCCGUUGGCUUGCUUAUGCAGAAAACAAGUUGAUUCGAUGUCAUCAGUCCCGUGGUGGAGCCUGUGGAGACAACAUUCAGUCUUAUACUGCCACAGUCAUUAGUGCUGCUAAAACAUUGAAAACUGGUCUGACAAUGGUCGGGAAAGUAGUGACUCAGCUGACAGGCACGCUGCCUUCAGGUGUGACAGAAGAUGACGUUGCCCUCCAUAGUAAUUCAAGGCGGAGUCCUCUGGUUCCAGGCAUUAUCACAGUAAUUGACACUGAAACCGUUGGAGAGGGCCAGGUGCUUGUGAGCGAGGAUUCUGACAGUGAUGGUAUCGUGGCCCACUUUCCUGCUCAUGAGAAACCAGUGUGCUGUAUGGCAUUUAAUACAAGUGGAAUGCUUCUAGUUACAACAGACACCCUUGGCCAUGACUUUCAUGUCUUCCAAAUUCUGACUCAUCCUUGGUCUUCGUCACAAAGUGCUGUCCAUCAUCUGUAUACUCUUCACAGGGGAGAAACUGAAGCCAAAGUACAAGACAUCUGCUUCAGCCAUGACUGUCGCUGGGUUGUGGUCAGUACACUCCGGGGGACUUCCCAUGUUUUCCCCAUCAACCCUUAUGGUGGCCAGCCUUGUGUUCGAACACAUAUGUCACCACGAGUUGUGAAUCGUAUGAGCCGUUUCCAGAAAAGUGCUGGGCUGGAAGAGAUAGAACAAGAACUGACAUCUAAGCAAGGAGGUCGCUGUAGCCCUGUUCCAGGUCUAUCAAGUAGCCCUUCUGGAUCACCUCUGCAUGGGAAACUAAACAGCCAAGACUCCUACAAUAAUUUUGCCAACAACAACCCUGGCAACCCUCGGCUCUCUCCUCUCCCCAGCUUGAUGGUAUUGAUGCCUCUUGCACAAAUCAAGCAACCAAUGACAUUGGGGACCAUCACCAAACGAACAGGGCCUUAUCUGUUUGGAGCGGGGUGUUUUUCCAUAAAAGCUCCAUGCAAAGUUAAACCACCUCCACAAAUUUCACCCAGCAAAUCAAUGGGCGGAGAAUUUUGCGUGGCUGCAAUGUUUGGGACGUCCAGAUCGUGGUUUGCAAAUAAUGCAGGUCUGAAAAGGGAAAAAGAUCAGUCCAAACAAGUUGUCGUUGAAUCUCUCUACAUUAUUAGCUGCUAUGGGACCUUAGUGGAGCACAUGAUGGAGCCACGACCACUCAGCACUGCCCCCAAGAUUAGUGAUGACACCCCACUGGAAGUGAUGACAUCACCUCGAGCCAGCUGGACUCUGGUUAGAACUCCUCAAUGGAAUGAAUUGCAACCACCAUUUAAUGCAAACCACCCUCUGCUCCUCGCUGCCGAUGCAGUCCAGUAUUAUCAGUUCCUGCUUGCUGGCCUGGUUCCCCCUGGAAGUCCUGGGCCCAUUACUCGGCAUGGGUCCUAUGACAGUUUAGCUUCUGACCAUAGUGGACAGGAAGAUGAAGAAUGGCUUUCUCAGGUAGAAAUUGUAACGCACACUGGACCCCACAGACGUCUGUGGAUGGGUCCACAGUUCCAGUUCAAAACCAUCCACCCCUCAGGCCAAACCACAGUCAUAUCAUCUAGUUCAUCUGUGUUGCAGUCUCAUGGUCCAAGUGAUACUCCACAGCCCCUUUUGGAUUUUGAUACAGAUGAUCUUGAUCUCAACAGUCUCAGGAUCCAGCCAGUCCGCUCUGACCCAGUCAGCAUGCCAGGGUCAUCCCGUCCAGUCUCUGAUCGAAGGGGAAUUUCCACCGUGAUUGAUGCUGCCUCAGGUACCUUUGACCGGAGCGUGACCCUGCUAGAGGUGUGUGGGAGCUGGCCCGAGGGCUUCGGGCUACGGCACAUGUCCUCCAUGGAGCAUACAGAGGAAGGCCUGCGGGAGCGGCUCGCCGAUGCCAUGGCAGAGUCGCCAAGCCGGGACGUUGUGGGAUCUGGAACAGACACAGCCCUUGACGUAGCAGUAAAAAACACCACCCCCGAGAGACACGUGGCUGUGAAGUAUGUUGAACUACAGCGAGAGGGAAGCAUCGAGACUCUGAGUAACAGCUCAGGCUCCACCAGCGGCAGCAUCCCAAGAAACUUUGAUGGCUACCGAUCUCCACUGCCCACCAACGAGAGUCAGCCGCUCAGCCUCUUCCCUACUGGCUUCCCGUAGUACCAGCAACCUGCUUCUGACUGGCCGGCCCACUCACCUGCUGGGGGGAGGGGGAGAAGCCCCCCUCUUGGUCCUACCCUUCAGUCUCUGCUCCUCUUUCACCAACCACCUUCCCCAAGCUUAGUGACAACAGCCACCCACCCUCCCUGGAUGGAGAAGAGACCCUUCUCCAAAGCACCUUGGCACACUCUGACCUCUGUCCCCCAUCAGUGGGGCUGUGGCUGAAAAAGACUCUGCAGAAGUUCCGUCCCCUCCUCUGCACAUGAUGUCCUGCAUUGGAUCUGCUUUUGUAUUUUCUAACCAUACCCACAGGGGGCUUGGGAGGAGAGAGAGUGGAUGGCCCACCUGGGCAUUUUGACCCUGAGCAGACAGCUCUAGCCCACUCCUGGCUAUGAUAUGCACUGCCCAGUUUCCCUUGGCCAACCUCCCUUUGGCACAGGGUAAACUGAGGCCCAGAGUAUCAGGGAAGGAGGAAGGAAGGAGAAGCACCCCCCUUCCUCUUUUCUUUCCCCUUUGGCUCAUGGGAAGGAUUUGUCUUUUUUGUCUGUAAGCCCUUUUACCCUGGUCCUGUACUGUUGAGUGAAGGAAACCGUGGUUACCAAGACCCUGUCAAAAAGUGCACGUCUUGUCCAAUAAAUCACGCUGCAAUUGGUGUCUA